GGUCUUGACGCUCGAAAACACGUGCUGGGUCUGUUUUAUUAUCGCCUCGCGUUUUCCUGACAUCUUCUGUAAUCUCCCUCUUCCGCUGUCCUUGCAGUCUCCGCAAGCGGUUUUCUUCUUUCGACGAAGAUGACAGAUAAACUCGACGCGCCCACCUCUUCGUCCACAGAUGCUGGCUCUGGGAAGGGUGCUCCCGAUGGUGCUUCUGUACCCAAAGCAAUAAUCAAGAACGUGGACAUGAGUGAGGAAAUGCAGCAGGAGAGCGUGGACAUCGCGUCAGCGGCGCUGGAGAAGUACAACAUCGAGAAGGAUAUCGCUGCUCAGAUCAAGAAGGAAUUUGACCGGAGACAUGGUCCUACAUGGCACGUUGUUGUUGGAAAGAACUUUGGGAGCUAUGUGACCCACGAAACCAAACACUUCAUCUAUUUCUACGUUGGAUCUCUUGCGAUUCUCAUCUGGAAGUCAUAAACACUCGUCAUACAUUCCGAACGGAGAUCCUCUGUAGACUGUGGGUUUGCGUUGAGUGAAGGGUUUUGAUGAAGAACUGCCGUUCUAUUUACUUACCCUGCUGGCAAUUUCGUUUCUCUAUUUCCACCGUAGCAUUUCGUUGUUUUUUUGCUUUGCAUUUGACAUAAGUAUUCACGCCAUUAGUUCAGUAGGAGUCGCCUCAUACACGAAAAGUGGCUCGUACUCUACCAAAUGGACAUGUAAUUCAAAUUGAUAUAUCUUGUUGAAA